CACCCAGUGACUCUUUGUCCAGUCACUGAGGAGGGAGAGGACUGCCACCAUCGACAAACAGCCGCUGAAGCAUCAAGACAACAACAUGAGAGUAGCACUCAUCCCUGUAUUGUUUGUCCUGUCUGCUGCCUGUGUCCCUGCCCUCUGUGGCAAAGAGGAGCCUCCUGUCCUCGACCUUGGAGCCCUGGCUGAAACCCGGUCCCGCUUUGCUGCUCUGGACGACGUGCGCCUCCUGGCAAACGGCCUCCUCCAGCUGGGCCAGAGCCUGCGGGAGUUUGUUCAGAAGACGAAGGGGCAGAUAAAUGACAUCUUCCAGAAGCUGAACAUCUUUGACCACUCGUUCUACCAGCUGUCAGUGCUCGCCAGCGAAAUCAAGGAGGAGGAAGAGGAGCUGAAGAAGACCACGGUGGUGCUGCAGGCCAACAAUGAGGAGAUCAAAGGCCUGUCUGUUCAGAUCAACUCCAAGGUGGACAACAUCCUGCAGGAGAAGAUCCAACUACAGAGCAAAGUGGAGGGCCUGGAGAGGAAGCUGAGCAGUCUGUCGCAUGGCCUUGUGACCAGUGAACAAGUGGCGGAGAUCAACAGCCUUAGGGAUGUGAUUCAAACCCAGGAGCAGAGCAUCACUGAGCUGCUAAAGUCUGUGAAAGAGCAGAGUGACCAGAUCAACCACCAGAGGACGAAGAUCAAGAUUCUGGAGGAAAAGCUUACAGCCAACACAUUAGCCCAGGAGACCAUUGAGAGGAUGCCUGAAAUCUUCAACAGUGAAGCACCAACACUCACCCCUUUUGUGAGCCCAAGCACUGCCGAAAUGAUGAACCUUCCAUCAGACUGCAGCGAGCUGUUCAGCAGAGGGGAGCGAAUCAGUGGUAUCUAUGCCAUCAGACCCAACGGAUCAGAGCCCUUCAUGGCCUUUUGUGACAUGAAGAAAGACUACGGAGUAACAGUAAUCCAGCGAAGGAGGGAUGGUUCAGUUAAUUUUGAUCAAACCUGGGAGAAGUAUGAAAAUGGGUUUGGAGAUUUUCAAGGGGAGUUUUGGCUGGGUCUCAGGAAGAUCCACUCUCUGGCCACUCAAGGCAAUUCUGUCCUCCAUAUCCAGCUGGAAGAUUGGAAACAGGGCAGACGCUUAAUUGAAUACAGAUUUUACCUUGAUGGUUCAGAGAGCAACUAUACCAUUCACCUCACGCAUCUGUCUGGAGAUUUGCCAGACCUCAUGAGCAACCACACAGGCAUGAUGUUCUCCACCAAGGACAGGGACAAUGACAACCACCAGGAAUUCAACUGUGCCAACAACUACACAGGUGGAUGGUGGUUCAACGCCUGUGGCGACACCAACCUGAAUGGGAAAUAUUUCCAGAUGAGAACAAAGGGCCGUUCAGAGCGUAGGCGAGGGAUUCAGUGGAAGCCUUCCCGAAAAGCUUUCUACUCCCUCAAGCUCACCCAGAUCUCUGUCCACCCUGUGGCUCCGCCCUCCCCCGCCACAGCUUCCUCUGAGAUAGGCGUCUUUCUCUGAUCCAGUACCAACAUUCUCCGGUAAAAAUACUCAAAACAAACCAGCAUCAAACAGUGGCAUCUUCAGGAGAGCAUUGGCAAAGCUUCUUCUGGACAGCCAUGGUUUUAAAAGGCCUGGGCAGAGAGGAAGCUAUUUCCUCUAAGUGUAAAGUCCAAAUAGAUUAAAAUCAAUCACAUAGGACAGUAACAAAGCUUUGCAGUUCUGAGUGCUCCAGUGUACUAAACAGGAAGCCAAAAGAAUGAAUUACUCCCUAUGGCCAGAAUACUGUGCAUGUAGUUUCUAAUAUAAUAGAACUCAAAAUAUAUUGCAAAGUCCAAAAUACUGUAAAAUGCAGUUAGCCAUUAGUCAUAACAAGCUAUAACAGACACACUGGGGUAUGUUGACUCUCAUAACCCUUUUCUACCAACUGAGCUCUGGCUCUCAGUUGGUGGAGUUCUUGGUGCUAUCCAGUGAACCGGCCCACAGAACCACUGCUAUCCAGUAUGCGUUAUUAAAUAUGCAUUAUUAAAUAUUUAUCUAAUUAUCUGAAAUUUCAUUGGUGGAACUGCUUGCAGUGAGUAACAAGGGAUCCCAGAUAGAUACUGUUUUAUUUUGUGGGGUUAAAUGACAACAAAAGUUAGGAAUAACAUUCAUUUUUACAUGCUCUAUUUUUUGAUACAUUUGCUGUAUUUUAUUUAACUUAAACUGCUGUCUUCAUAUACUGCUAAUAUUCAUUUGGGUGUGGCUAUGCCUAACUGAAAACAUAAUGACAUUUUGCUUGAACUGACCAAGACCAAAAAGAUAUAAUGUCCUAUUUGUUUUCAUGGGCUGUCAAUUGUUUGGCACACACUUGACAGGCACAGGAUGGUGACCCUGACCCUGAAUAACAUCAGCUUUGUUUUGAUGCCACAGUCUAGUAAAUGAAUGACUGAUACAUGUUCAUGCAAUUACUACAUUCUAAAUUUUUCUGUAUGUUGCACAUUUCUUAGUUUUAUUUUUAUUUUUUACUGUGUUAUAUGUUACUCUGAAUAAACUCUAGAGGGCAGUGUUGUUCUCUUACCCUCCACUUCCA